ACACACACGGAAGUGGUAUCAAAUGUGGACCUUCAGGAUCUCCGUAGAACAAUUUUUGUCGACUGGUGUUUUGGUAAAUGUAUGUUUUGUAUGUUGAAGUUAAACAAUUCAAGGUAAGCCGUCCACGCGUUAUUUAAUCUAUUGAUGGUAUCGAUCUAGACACUGGUUUCACACGGGUUCGAAGCGAGGAGGUGUUGGUUCUAGUUCAGGUUUGGACAGCAGCAAGCUACCAUCUUACCGGUGGGCUAACCACACUGGUGGGGCUGAUAAUCAACUAAAACCAGAUCUCUGGAGAGCGGAAUCCAGCCUGCUUUGGACAGCUGACACUAUGUUAUGCGCGGUUUUUGAAUGGCAAUAUCUCGACUCGAAACUAUGCAUUUAGAACGAGACCCUGUACAUCCCUCACACAUGACCCACUGAGAAGCUAUAUCCAGAGCCAUAACUCUGCAGGAGAAACUUGGGCUUUCACAAAGUGUGACCCAUGCUUUCUGAUGAGCUCGACUCCAAACCCGAGCUGCUGGUGCAGUUUGUACAGAACGCGUCCAUCCCAUUGGUCCAAGGUCUGGAGGACUCAGAAUCCAAGCACUGCCUUUCCCUGUUGGCGCCCACUGAGGUCUCUCUGUGUGGCCCACUGGAGCUCACAGAUGGCCGCCUCAGCCACGAACCCGUGCGGUCCCCCACGCUGUCCGACUUCGGGGCCGCGUCGGGGCAGGGGCCCCUGGGGGUCCAUAGUCCCUUGGGGGUCCGGUCCCACGGCUCCCAGAGUCCCCCUCCCAUCCUCCACGAGCUCCAGCAGUCGGACACCCCGUCCUACGUGCUGCUGAAUCUCGCUAAAGGCCUCUCGGCCUCCUCUGAGCCGCUCAUCUUCUCGGCGGACGGGGCGGGCGAGGAGGACGACGAGGGCGUGUCGUCGGGGGACUACGGCAUCGACGGCAGCGCCCCCUGGUACCUGCGGGUGCAGGAGCUGGCCCACGACAGCCUGAUCGCCGCCACGCGUGCCCAGCUGGCCCGGGACGCCAAGGCCAGCCAGGAGGCCAGGGCCGCCGACGUCUUUCACAGCGACCACGCGCACAGCUUCGCGUCGGACGAGGAUCAGCGGGAGGCGACGUCGCCCCGGCCCCCCCGCCCGUCGCUCUCCAAGCAGAUGCUGCGCUGCUCGUUCGAGGGCUGCUGCCGCACCUUCACCUGGCCGGCGCACCUCAAGUACCACCUCAAGACCCACAGGAACGACCGGACGUUCCGGUGCGGCGCGGAGGGCUGUGGGAAGAGCUUCUACGUGCUGCAGCGGCUGCAGGUCCACCAGCGCACCCACAGCGGGGACAAGCCCUUCAUCUGCAAGGACUGCGGCAAGAAGUUCAGCACGGCCGGCAACCUGAAGAACCACCGCCGCACGCACACCGGGGAGAAGCCGUUCCUGUGUGAAGCAGAUGGCUGCGGGCGGUCCUUCGCCGAGUACUCCAGCCUCCGGAAGCAUAUGCUCGUGCACUCAGGUGAGAAGCCCCAUCAGUGUGGGAUCUGUGGGAAGAUGUUCUCCCAGUCGGGGAGCCGGAACGUCCACAUGCGGAAGAGACACGGCGAAGAAGGGCCCCCCUGUGAAGGAACGGAAACAGGCGAGGCGCUGACCCACAGUAGCCUGCUGGAGGCUGACAGCGAGACCAGCAACGGCAUGGUCACCAUGACGACUGCGACGUCGGGGAACCUCCAUCACCACGCCAUGCUGAGAGCUCAAGGCUCCGCAGACUCCGUGGUGGUUCUGACCCAACCACAUGACUUGGUGACCAUGACAACGGCGGGGCAUCCAUACCCCGAAGAUGUGGUCGCGUUGCUAUAGAUAGUGGGGACGGGGGAUGGGGCUCUUUCUUCGUUAUUUUUCUAUCCUCGAGAAUUCCCCUAACGGUUUACCGCCCACUUGUCUUUGCAAACAGGACUGGACUAAAUGAAUAAAUCUAUAUUUUUUGUAAAUAUGCUAAAUAACUCAUGGCUGUAGAUAUUUGUAACUCACCUGACCUGGUGGUGUUUUUUUGGUUGUUGUUUUUUGGUGCAAAGGAAGAAGUGUGAAUGCAAGAAGUUUAUACAACCGAUUUUUCCUCAAGUUCAGAUUUUUGUUUUUCUUCAAAGACUCCCCAAAGAUAGACUGGACACGGAUGUAGUAGCCAUGACUGCUCUUUAUGAGGACUCUGUCGUGCUCGUUGGACAUUUUCAGUACACAGAGGUCCACUGAACCAAUGUUUUUUAUUUUUUACAACAACAACUUUAAAUGCAUCAUUGCUCCGGAACGACUUUCAAUAAAGGGGUAUCUGUUGCAAAAGAACGCCA